CUCUCUCUCUCAUCAAAAUACGAUCAAAUUCCGAGUGCCCACCAGCUGUUCGAUUUUAUGCCCAACAGAAAAGUGGUUUCUUGGAGUGCCAUAAUGGCGGUGUAUUUGCAUAUACAAUUGGCUUGCCCUGUUCAAGACUAGGGUUUCGUGGACAAUUCGUGCCCCGAUGAGUAUAUUUUGCAACUGCUCCUUCUUUCUUGCUUGUUCUGACCGUGGGAAAGUUGAAGGGGAAAAGCAGUGCCAUGGCUUUGUGUUUAUAAUGCAGUUGUUAACAUGCAUUAAUCCUGUUAUUCACAAAAAUCGUAGGGGCUAUUCCACUUUAGACAUGGAAAGGGCAAGGCAGUUUUGUAUUCGCUCUCCAACGCUGGUAGAUGAUCGAGAUGAAGAUACAUCAUUUUCGCAAACAGGUUAAAUUCUUUUGCAUCUCCACCCAGUUUACUCAAAUUGAUUAUUGUCUCCACUCUAGAGCAUUUGAACACUGCAACAGAUAGGAGAUUUGGAACAAAACAGAGCUGUGUCAAGUCCUCCUGCCCAAUCAUUGUCAACUAUUAUAUCUUCCACAUUAGGAUGGAUAACCCCUAAUGUUAAGUUGCUCAAGAUGUUUUGUCUCCACGGAUGAUAUAUCAAGAGUUUGUCAUAACCCCUGAGGUGUAGAGCUCGAGUGCCCUACAUCGGAUACGUAGGGGUAAUGUUGACUUUUUACCCUGAAAAACAAAAAAACAAAAAAACCAACCCAGAUCGAGAUUCUCAGAUUUUCUCAAGCUCUGCGUCUCUUUUCUUCUGCUCUUCUUCUUGCUCCCCCAGAUCGAGACAACCUUCUCUGCUCAAGACUUCUUCUCUUUCUCAUGCUUUGCGUCUCUUUUCUUCUGGUCUUCUUCGCAAAUCGCAAGCCUUCUUGCUCAACCCAGAUCGAGACGACCUUCUGCAGCCGAUUCGGUUGGAGCUUGGAGCUUCAAUUUGUAGCUACUUCGGGAUCAAAUACUAUUUGUUAUUGUUGACCAGACUGUUAUUUUAUCGCCAAGUUAGCUUUCGGAGUUGUUUGUUUUACGUUGAGUUGAUAUUUGAUUUAGUAAUGGAUGAUACCGCACUGCAAGAGUGCUCUGUACCCGAAGAUGUUCUCCAGACACUUUUAAGUGUGUCAAACUCAUCUACGCUUGUAAAAUCCUUGGAAGAUUUGAUACAAGUUUGUAAAACGGCUGAUGGUCGCAAAGACCUUGCCGCUAAGAAUGUUCUCCCCACAGUCCUCCAGCUGAUUCAAUCUCUCUCGUACCCUUCUGAUCAACACCUUCUGACGUUGUCUUUAAGGCUUCUAAGAAAUCUGUGUGCGGGGGAGGAAGCAAAUCAGAACUCAUUUGUUGAACAAAAUGGAGUUGCAAUCAUAUCGAAUGUUUUGAGUUCUGCAAACCUUUCUCCGGAGCCAGAUUUUGGGAUUAUUUGUGUGGGCUUGCAAGUUCUGGCUAACGCUGCAUUGGCUGGAGAACGACAGCAGCAUGCAAUUUGGCAGCAACUCUUCUCAGAAAAAUUUGUUGCUCUUGCAAGAGUUCGUAGCCAGAAGACUUGUGGUCCUCUGUGUAUGAUUAUAUACACUUGUUGUGAUGGAACCCCUGAACUGGUUGCCCCACUUUGUGGUGAAUUUGGAAUAACUAUUGUGAAGGAGAUUGUAAAGACUGCUGCUGCAGUUGGUUUUGGAGAAGAUUGGUACAAAUUGCUUCUUUCAAGAAUUUGUUUAGAGGAACCUUUCUUCCGGCCACUUUUCUCUAGUUUACAAUGUGUUGGUGGAAAUGAGAAUGGUGAAGAUACAGAAUGUGGGGAAGAGUCUUUCUCGAAAGAGCAAGAAUUUUUGUUGGAAAACGUAUCAGAGAUCUUGAAUGAGCGUCUCAACGAGAUAACUGUUCCCAAUGAUUUUGCUUUGUGUGUUUAUGGAAUAUUCAAGAACUCCGUCAGAGUUCUUAGUUAUGCAACAAGAGGUAGGUCUGGACUUCCAACAGGCUCUAUUGAGAUAGAUAUCCUAGGAUACUCGCUCACAAUCUUGAGAGAUAUAUGUGCCCAAGGAACACUAAGAGGAUCAACAGAGAAUACGAUGGAUGUUGUGGAUGUUUUGCUCUCGUCUGGUCUCAUUGAAUUACUUUUGUGUUUGCUUCGUGACCUUGAGCCGCCAGCAAUAAUUAGGAAAUCUAUCAACCAAGCUGAGGACCAAGAUGGAUCAAAUUCUUCUACAUUGAUACCAUGUCCAUACAAAGGUUUUCGGAGAGACAUAGUUGGAGUCAUUGGCAAUUGUUUAUAUGGAAGGAAGCUUGUGCAAGAUGAGAUUAGGAGAAAGGAUGGGCUUCUUCUGCUGUUGCAACAGUGUGUAACAGAUGAUGACAACCCGUACUUAAGGGAGUGGGGCAUUUGGUGUGUGAGGAACUUGUUGGAGCGGAACCAAGAAAAUCAGCAGGCGGUGGCUGAAUUGGAACUUCAAGGGUCUGUUGAUGUGCCCGACCUUGCUCGACUUGGUCUCCGAGUAGAGAUGAAUCCGGAAACUGGACGUCCGAAGCUUGUCAACAUCUCAUGAGAUUUGUUACUGCUCUUGAUAGCGCAUUUCACAAUUAAAGAAUGAGCAACCAGUGUAGUCAAAGUGUAGUACAUAGACCCCCUCAAAGAUGUAUUUUCAAUCUUAUCAAGUUCAUUGUUGCCUAGACUUAUACAGCAAAAUUAACAUUGUUUUUGCAUUAUUUAAACUCAGUGCUUCGAAUUAGCCACACAUAAGCAAA